CUAGCGACACCCUUUUCAAGAAAGAAAUCGUGAGCCUGGCCCUUCUGCAAGCCUGCCCUUUUGCAAUGGCUUCAUUGCAAUUUUAUGGGUUUCAGAGAAUUCUGGUGGUCGCAUUGACCACCAUCCUAUUCAGCUGUUCACCGCCCUCCAACAGGAGGAGGAAGAGUUGUCACCAUUGGAGAGAAAGUCUUACGUUGUUGUUCACCAUGCACCCGCUGAACAGAGCACCGCUUGAGGUGCCUUACUGUGGCUGAGUGAAAGCUGCUCUUAUGGAGAAGUCGCAACCUCCUUCACCAAGGUCGCAUAGCGGCGCCGCCGCCGUGCACCACCCCUCAAUCAGAAGUACUGUUCAUUCAGUUGAUCUGCUAACUCCUUAAUGAAUGAGUGCGCCGCCACUCCACAUGUAAGGAGGGGUCCUGCUGUGCUUGGUGGUUGUCCAUCUUCUCCACAAGUGAUUCGGGCUCUACUCCGAGAUUCCAAGCAACAUCCAACCGUUAGUCCAUUAGAGGAAUCUGCGGAGGCGUCAGCUUUUUGUAAAGCCCGGAAAUGUCAAUGCGCAAACCUUGUGUAUGAUUAGUUAAAAGCAAGCUGUAUACAGGCAAGGUGCAUGGGUUCAAGAAAGAGAUCCUUGGAAUCCACGUGAUUGCGCCCAAGAUCGAAGUGUAUGUGUGCAUAUGUACGUCCAGAACUGACGAUAUCUUGCUUCUGAAAACAUGAUG